AUGUUGGAUUUCGCCAAAAACAUUGCCAAGGAGGCGGGAUCUGUAAUUUCCACACCUUUUUUUUACUCGAAAAAGCUCAUUGCUAGUGCCUUUGACCAACCACCACAUUAUCACGAGAAGGUCUCCUUCGCCGACCUCGUUACAGACACCGACAAACAAGUUGAAGACUUGGUCAUGUCUCGAAUUCUUGAAACUUAUCCCGAUCACAAAAUCAUAGCAGAGGAAAGCGCUUCGGAGUUGCACAAUGCUCUUAUACUUACCGAUUGGGGCGGUGAUAGAAAUGCCUCAAAUUUAGACACAAAGGCCGCCAACAUCCGUCGUCUUAUAUCUGAAGCUCGUGGGGUGCGCACGAUGGGGUCGGCGGCAUUGCACAUGUGUCAAGUAGCCGCGGGUCAGGGUGACGUCUUCUUCGAGUUUGGCAUCCACUGCUGGGACUACGCGGCUGCCAGUCUCAUCGUCACCGAGGCCGGCGGCUACUGCUGCAACGUCGACGGUGAGUAUGGCAAACGCACUCGCUCCACCAAGCACCUCACUUCACCUCAUAAUUAUCCACUUCACAUGGGCGGCAGUUGGCUCUGUCUCUAUGUGGGUGGUCCAGUGGAUUUGAUGGCUCGCCACUGCGUGGCAGCUUCAAGCAAGCAGCUGGCGGAGAUGAUAUGUCAGAAGAUCGUUCCAAUAUCUUACCCGCGAGACUGA